AUGAAGAGUGGGAUUAUAGACAAAGUAGCCGGCCUGGCGGCGCUGAUUCCCUGGAAGCGUGCCUCCGAUCCAGCCUCCCUGAUCUUUGCGUCUGUGCCCUGGUACAACCUCUCGCUGGCGGGUUCGAUCUGCACGUACUCGCUCGUCGUGUACAGAAGACACAUUCUGGACCCAGAGCUGAUGGUGGCUGCUCCCUCGAGCUCUGUCAAGUCUCACCAGAUGGACUACCACACAGUCCCGCUGGCGGAGAUUCUCAAGUCGGAAAACACGCACCUGCUAGUCUAUGCGUGUCUGUGGCUGACGACGCCAACCAACAUGCUCAAGGUCUUCCCGUUUGCCGCGUACUCGCUGCUCAACCUCACCAACUACUGCAUCAUCGAGGCGUUUCCCAAACACCCGCUGUCGCUCGCAAUCACGCCCCUGGUCAGCUAUAUUGAGUACCCGCUGCUGCUGUUUGCCGCACACGUCGAUCUGGCGGUCAUUGGGCUUCUGUGCAAGGAGGCCAAGAACCUGGGCUCGUUGUACGUGCUCAUAUUCUACAUUUUUGUGUGGGGGCUGCGGGUCGAGUACUCCGACGCCAGCCGGCUGGCGGUGUCGAACUUACUGCGGUUCCUCGACAAGGCGUUCAACGAGGACGUUCUGCCGCACACCGUCCACAAGACUUGGGUGCUGGCGCGGACAAAGUUCACGCUCAUGCUCUCGAUUACCGACUACGACACGAUCUCUGCCGAGGCAGAGCUCAGACAGUCUGCCUCGUUCGGGAAGGAGAGGAGUCCUGUGAGAGAGAAGCCAAAGCGGCGGAAGAAGAAGAUCUACAGUGCGUGCUCGUGA